CUCGUGCGUCGUGCCUGCCGCCCUCCACUUCUAUCCCCCCCUCCUUCCAGGUUCCCUCUACCCGCCCAGAAAACGGCCGUGGCUCCUUCUGCCAUAUAAAAUUCCAAUCUUCACUUUUCACCCUCGACUUUCUCGACUCUUUUCUCUUUGCAAAAUAUCAUCACGACUGGCUAUUCGCAUUACCUGGCACCAACUUCAUCGACUAUCGAUUUGCUACACCCAACUGAGUGUCGCCGCCGUCGCCCCUGCGAGAUUCGACAACAGCGACAACGAAGAACCCUCACCCCACCACUAACCCGCUCCCACUGCAUCCGCUGACCUUGCCGCACCACUUCACAUCCACCCAGUCUCCAACCCUGGUACCACUACUGCUGUCUUCCUGCCCAAGGAAUCACCAUACCGAACCCGAUUCACGAAACGCCUCGACCGCUGUCUUCCUGUGACUCUUCGCUGUCGCUUUUCCUCUUUUCUCGAGUUUCCUGUGCUCUUUUUUCUGCUUUCAACAAAAUCCCCCAAGAAGAAGAAACACUCGAGAGUACCUACAUAGAGUAGCCAAUAUAAAGAAACACUUCUCUUCUGCUACCACUCACUGUCCGAACCCCCGAAACCGAUUACCAAGCCAAGAAACAAAGCAUCAAGAAGACAGCACAUUUCUGUCUUCUUUGCUCCCACCCCCGACAAGAUUUACUUCUACAGCAAGCAGCUUUACGACGAAGGGCCUUUUCGGGCUUUUCAAUCACCAGAUUUCAAUCAAACAAAAAGGUAGGUUUUUCCCCCUCCUCUCACAGACCCCCGCCGCCAUCGGGCCCUUCUUCAUCAUCAUCCACGCCCGGAGCCCCGCCAGGCUUUGUUCGGAGAUGGCCCCUCCACGGCGGCGCCGGGAGUAACACGGAACAUGAACCGACAACAGUGAACAACUACUAACAUCCUUUGCAGCACGAUGGUUUCCUUCACCCCCACCAUGCAGGUCCAAGAUGAUCUCGCAACCCUUUUCUCCCGCAACUUAACCUUCAACCCUGAAGUUCAGCCCAAGGUAGAGGAAGAAGUCAAGCAGUCCCCGGAACCCACCCUCGCCAGUCCCGCCCCGACUCCGGCGCCCAUCAUCUACUCCAUCACUCAGCACUACACCCAUUCCGCCCACGUUGUCCGUCAGCAAGCUCAAGAGGCCCCCAUCCAGCGCCCCUCCUCCGAGCCUCCCCAGACCGAGCAGUUGACCCCCGAGGCCGUUCUCAGCCAGCACGGCGUCGACCCUUCAGUCCUCUCUCCUUCUCAGAUUCAACUUUUCCGCUGUUCCGAAGAACCCCACCAGCUGCGACUUCUUGAAAUCUGGCGCGCCGCACCCCCUACCUCGAGCACAGAGAACCCAUCACUGGCAUGGACAAGCACAACACUUGAGCAAGAGGAGCAGCUGGCGAGACUCCGAUAUGAGCGCAUGGAAGCAGAGAAGCAGCAACAGGAGCAGCAGCAGAACGCCGUCAUGAGCCUCGAUGGUACCCAAGUCCAGUCAGAUGACAGCCGCUGGCUGGCAAGCUCCAUCACCUCGCAAGUCGAGCCGUAUAUGAUGUCUGGCUACGAGGAGCUUAUGCGUCGUGAGUACGAGCGCGAGCAGGAGCUGGCACAGGCCUCCCCCCCAAGCAACUAUUCUCACUACGGCUCUGCAGUCGGCACCAGCGGCUAUAAGCCCGCCACCGACCCCGUCUACAAGGGCUUCGGCGAUGACUGGGCCCGGGAGCAGAGUCUCCAAAUGCAGAUGCAGAUGGAGAACCAGUACGGUGCGUUCCAGCACUACGGAAGCGGUAACAUCGAGGCCAUGGACAUGUAAUGCGGCGAGGAAAGAGAGCCAUGGCACAUCACCACUUUUUCAGCAUAGCAGCAGACACUUGCCUUGAUACCUACACUGCAUGGGAAGACAACGUCGGAUAAUCAGGAGGGCAAUUAUUGGAUUGCCUCUCGUCGGUAGACGUGUUUCUUCCCCAGUUUUCUUUUGUCUUUUGAUUUUCUUUUUUUGUCAAGAAGGUUAUGAAUAAGCAAUUGGGCGUAUACCAAUAGGCAGGCAUGAGGAACGAACAGGACUACCAAAACAAUAAAAUAUUCCAUUCAAAUUCAAGCUGGGCUGACGAAUGACUCGGUGAAGGGGGCCCAUCUGCUUCCGUUCCGAUGACGACACACCGCGGUUUCUCGGCAUGUGCAUGGGGUUGCGACAGUCGGAGGAAGUAUAGAAAGGGGACAUGCUCACCAAGCCAGGCAAUAGAGAAGGGACGUUGAAGUAAGACGUAGAACGUAUAAUUGGGUCUCUUGCCAAGGCCUUAUGUGUUCGAUCUCGCAUCAUCUUGCUCGUCGAGUCUAAACUCUCGCCAUACAAUAUACAGCCCGGCAAAGCAUUUAAUUUCAC